UGACCAAUCAACCCAACAUUUUCCCUCAGUCAAACUAAAACCCUUCUCUUUAAAUACAAUCUCUCUCUAGCUCUGCUUUCUUGUCCAACUGAUCAUCCAGAUUUUGUACAUUUAUGGGAAUCCAGUUGAAGAUGGGGAACAUGGGCCAAAGAAAGCAGCACAUGGGCCAAAGAAAGCAGCACAAGAAGUUCCACCGGAGCCUCUCGGAGAGAAUCCGGGCGGCUCUCACCACCACGAGUAACGUCCCGAAGGGCCACUUUGCGGUCUAUGUUGGGGAGAUGAAGAGGCGGUUUGUGGUCCCCUUAUGGUACCUCAAGAACCCUUUGUUCCAGGACUUGUUGAACUUGGCUGAGGAGGAGUUCGGGUUCGACCACCCCAUGGGCGGCCUCACGAUCCCGUGCAGUGAGGAAUACUUCAUCAGCCUAACGUCAGCCUUAAAUUGCUGAUCAUGAGAAAACGUUCCGCGUAAACAAACCGGAAUAAUCUUGAGGCGGAGUAAGGGACACAAAAGGGAGAGUGCGUCUCUUUAAUUUUUUUGCAACAUUUUGGCUCUUUGCUAAUUCUUUCUGUGUAAAUGCUACACGGAAUUUGUAAAUGGAUGGU